AUGUUGCUGAAGCUGCUGGGGCUCCUCGCCCUCUCCUCUCUCUGCUCAGCGAUGUUUCAUCCAGAAAUGAGGAAUGCAAUAGAAGAAGGUUCAGGAGAGCCCGUGCCCAGGAGUUCACAUCGCAGUAUGCCAAUGGGAGACCCCUAUUGGCCCCCUGACGACAUGAUGAAUGACUCUAUGCCGAUGGAUGCCUCAAAUAUGCCCUACGGGUCUGAAUCAGCAUACUGUGAUUAUCUGAUGAACCAGCCUGUGCCCCCGCCGAUGGACCAGAUCCCUUUUUACUGCAUCUGUUCACACUGUAAGGGUACCGUGGGGCCAAAGGGAGACAGUGGAGACCGGGGCCCCCCAGGCCAACCUGGGAGUCCUGGGAGACGAGGAAUGACAGGAUUCAAGGGUCGUCCAGGAUACACAGGCCCUCAGGGGAUAAAAGGUCAGAAAGGCGACAUGGGAGAAAAAGGGCAACGCGGCCCUGCUGGAUUCACUGGAAUGAAGGGCAGCCGAGGCUUCAAAGGAGAAAAGGGGAACAUUGGAAUGGAAGGCCCCCCAGGUGCACAGGGCCCUCAAGGAGAAAGUGGCACAUGCCCUGCUUCCUGUGAGACCAUCCAAGGUCCAGAGGGCCCACAAGGAGCUGUAGGGCCAGCAGGAGGUCGAGGUCUACCCGGGGUCAAGGGGGCUGUAGGUCCUAAGGGUGUAAAGGGCAACAAGGGUGACAUGGGGAAGCCUGGUGACCCUGGAAUGGAUGGCCAGAAGGGUGAUACAGGUGAGAAGGGGAUGUGUGAUUGCACAGAUGGAGCGGACGGCUCUGAUGGAAGCCCAGGAGAGAAGGGGGACAAAGGAGAAAAAGGUGACACUGGCGCCCAGGGUGUACAAGGCCCAAUGGGGCCUCAAGGUAAUGAGGGUAUGAUAGGUCUCAGGGGGCCACCUGGACCCUGCACCCCAGUCAUCCAGUCAGCAUUCUCUGCAUGUAUCAAUGAGUCGUACCCUUCGCCGGACUAUCCAGUUCCAUUCCAUCAUGUCAUCUACAACGAACAGGAGCACUUCAUGCCCUGGAUGGGAAUGUACGUGGCCCCCGUUAAUGGCACCUAUGUCUUUAGCUUCAACCUUGCAGUUUACCUAAGAGAACUCAUAGUCGGCCUGUUCGUCAACCACAACCCAAUAGUCAUAAACAGAGAAUCAAGCCAUCAGUCCGUCACAUGCCAGACUGUUGUCGUUCACCUGGCCUAUGGAGACCGGGUGUGGCUGCAGGUGAAGGACGAAACCACCAAUGGCAUAUACACCGACUAUGAGAGUAGCAGCUCAUUCUCUGGGUAUCUCCUUCACCCCGACACCUGUGACAUCCCGUUUGGCAGAAAUUUCAUGGGACAAGAAUAUGAUGAUGAUAUGCACGUCAUCUGGCGUGAUAAAAAACCAUAG